UGCGGCCUCCGGACUGAAUGAUUGGACUCUUGGUGUCCCUAAUGAAGCGUCCCUUAACUGUCCAUGAGUUUUUGCAGUACCGCUUUGUUUCUUUUCCUUUGGCCGCUUGACAGUUGCCGCAUUGGCAACUUUGAUUAAGUCCCUUCUAGCCUCUGGCUACUUGUUACCAUGGCGAUGGCUGCAACGCUAAGUACAGUGCCGCCGCUUUGCUCCUUUUAUUGCGUCGGCUGCCGAUUUGCCUUUCCGCCCCGCCCGGAGCCGAGUGAUGAAUCAACGACCGCGAGACAAGAUCUUGAUCAGCACGGCCCGAAAAGGCCCAUACUGUUUUGACGGGCGGCGCUCCAACAAUUGAAUUUGCUGCCGCUGUUGACUUGCGGAAGUGGGAAAGGCGGCUCCAAAUGGUGUCGGCGCAGCUUGGUGCUGCCACCGCUGCCACCUUUUGAUUGAUGUGAGUAAUUUUGUCACGCUCCCGGUUCAAAGGUGCCGGUUCAGAAGGCGAACGUGCACGCACGCACUCAUGCAAGCGGUGGCUUUGGCUUUCCGACAGAAUGGUGAUUCGUGGCCAAUUGCGAUGUCAAGAUGCAUGGCAACUAAGAGCGCAAAAAGCAAAGAAAUGAUGGAAUGCGACUCCACGGUGAUAUCCAGCAUCUUUCUGGAUUUUAUUUUCACAUAAUGCUGCUCAGGGAGUUCGCCCCGGUGUUCACCUGUUACUUUCAAUGGGAGUCAUGGAAACUGCGCAACCAAUCAGCUGGCGCUGCUGUUCGCGCAGCCAUUUGCGCUGAUGUUAGCGCUGAGCACCGCCGUUAGCGCUGCUGUUAGCGCUGCCGUUAGCGCUGCCGUUAGCGCUUGAUGUCCUCUGCAGCGGGGGCGGGAACCUGCAUUGUUGCAGUCCGCUUUGACUUUGGAGACGCGUUGGCUCUUGGCCAUCCCAAAGUUGACAACUUUGCAUGAGCAUCAAGCAGCAAUGUCCAAAAAAUGACAAUUGGCUCCACCACUCCCUCGCUCAUCAGGCUGGAAGGGAUGAACGGCAUCUCAAUUAAUUUGACGCCUCUGGUCAGUCAGAAUGGGGCGUACCUAAUUUUCCGACCUGAGGCCAAUUCUCUGGACCUUUUUUUUUCUUCUGUUUGUUUGAUCCGCUGGGUGCACUUCAUCUCGCUCUUCAGCAACAGAGCACACGUUUCCUCUUCCCCCGCCUCCUCCCGCUCGACUCUUGUCCUCUGCUUCUGUUCCUCCUCAACGCACGCACACUCACUCGCUUGCGCGCCACUCAUCACGCCCGUCUUGGCCUCUGCUGUGGUUUGCGGCCGUUGUCGGCAGCGUGCGUGCGCCCGCCCACGCGUGGCGCGGCGGAGGGCGCCACAUCUGCGCGACGCGCCGGCAGUCCACUCGGGAGCUCGACUCGCCGCCUUAGAAAUUCUCCGCCGUCGGACGGCAAGCUCUCGCGACUGGCUCAGAGGUGGAACCGGCGCGCGGCGGCAGGAGAUGUUCUGAUCCAGGACCUGGAGUUUUACACGGGAAUCUCCCACACCUCGCUCAGCCUGGACAGACGCCUGCCGGCCGCGAUGACCCAGCAGAUGCAGAACUUGCAGCUGUCCCAAGGCAAGAAGGUCCCGGGCGGGCCGGCCUCCCCCAACGCUGCCAAGCGCCUCUACCGCAACCUGUCGGAGAAGCUGCGAGGAAGCACGUCGUCCUUUGAAGACUCCGCCUUCUCGGGCAAGACGGAUCGCCUUCGCAAGGCCUCGGCCAUGCAGGGCGGCAGCGAGUGCCUCUUUGAGGCGGUGGAGCAGCAGGACCCGGACACGGUCCGCCUUCUCCUGUGCCGCCUGACGGUCGAAGAGCUGGAGCUCAACGCGCCCGACGCCCGGGGCCUGACGCCGCUCGACGUGGCCGUCAUGAGCGACAACGCGCACGUGGCAAAGUUGCUGCUCAAGGCCGGCGCCAGGGAGGGGCCGCACGCCGUGAGCGCUGAGAAGCGCCAGGCCCACCUGGUGGCUCUAGAGGCCGAGGCGGAGCGCCGCGCCGCCGAAGCGCUGGACGACAAGCAGCUGAGGGCCUGGGAGCUGAGGUGCCAGCUCUACCAGCGCAUGAGCGGGGCGUUGCAGCACGCACGCCCCCCCGAGGCGCCCAUCUCGGUCCGUCUGAGCGUUAGCAGCAGCUCCACGCUGACCGUCACCUUCCGGGAACCGCAGCAGCUCCGACCCACUGUCAUCACCAAGUACAAAGUGGAGUGGAGCUGCUUGAAGGAUUUCUCCCUGCUGGCCGGAGAGAUGCUGCUGGAGAACCUGCAGAGCUUGAAAUGCACCAUCACCGGCCUCACCACGGGUCGCCUGUACUUUGUGCGAGUGUCGGCCUGCAACAUGAAGGGCUGGGGGCCGCCUGCCUGCUCCUUGCCGCCAUCUGCCGCUCCUUCCAACUGGCGAGAGAGCAACGGGCAGGAGCCCGGGCGGCACGGUCACACGGAAGCCAUGGAGCGCCUCCUGCAGCAAGUCCGAGCCGCGCACGACUGCUGCGGAGAUGCUUCCAAGCUGCAGAACUCCAGCAGGAAGCAGUCGGUGUCCAGAAGCCUCAAACAUCUUUUCAACUCCUCCAACAAGUUUGUGAAGACACUGAAAAGGGGCAUCUACUUGGCGGCCAUCUUCUACCACAAAGACAAACUGCUGGUGACGGCCGAGGAGCAGAUCCCCAUUGUGGAGGUGGACGACUCGUACGGCAGCUCCCUUAUGCAGGACUUCUUGUGGUUCACCAAGCUGUCGUGCAUGUGGGAGGACGUGCGCUGGCUCCGUCAGACCGCGCCGGCGGCGUCGGCCUCGUCCACGCUGCAGGCGCGCCACAAGAUGCUGAGCGCCGCCGGGCAGCUGCAGAACCUGCUGGGCACGCACGACCUGGGCCGUGUCCACUAUGAGCCCAUCAAGGAUCGCCACGGCAACGUGCUGCUGGUGACGGCGCGCGACGCCGACGGCCAGCACUCGCUCCUCAGCGGCAAGUGGGUGCCGGUGGCCAAAGUGCAGAGUCAGCGCAAGUCCCUGUCCACGCCCGAGGAACCUUACGCCCUCGACAUCCUCGUCAUCACGCUGCAGGACAUCGUGGCGUACCAGCGCCGCUGCAGCCAGCGCCUGGCGCCCGGCCUCUACCUGGGCUACCUGAAGCUCAGCAGCUCGGUGGAUCAGAUCCGGGUCCUGGUCUCCCAGCGGAACCCCAAUGUGCUGUGUCACGUCCGCGUGCGGGAAAACGCCAACGUGUCCAGGGAGGAGUGGGAUUGGAUCCGCACGCUCUCGGCCACCGAGGGCGCCGACUGCGGCGAAGAGGCCCGGCCCGGGCCCGAAAGCCAUGCUCCGCUCCUCUACUACGAGCUCCAGACAGCCAUCAAGUCCCUGCUCAAGAACCUCAACCUCAGCGUGCAGCAGGCCCGCCAUUUCCGCCUAUACAGCCAAGAAGUGGUGGAGGCGGGCCACGGCGUCUGCUUCCUGCUGCUGCUGCCGCCCGCCGAUGACGUCUGCUCGGCCCCCGGCCAGCCCAACCCCUAUACGCCGCUGGCUGGAUUCCUGCACCUGCCGCUGCAGAUGUUUGAGCUGGCGCACUUCUGCUGCUACAAGGAGAAGUUGAUCAGCUUGUACUGCCGCCUGUCUACCGUGCUGGACCUGGACGCCCUCAUCGCCCAGCAGGCGCUGCGGGAGGCCAUCACGGAUGACGAGGUGGCCGCCGCCAAGCGCCGCCAUGGGCUCAUUCUCGACUACAUCCAGCAGCUGGACGAGAGCCGGCGGGACCUGCGCUGGCUGACGGAGGCGCUGCAGUCCGCCCGCUACAAGCAGCCCUGUGGCGGCGUGCCUGUCACCUGCCUGGUGGACGCCGCCCUCGCCACGGACAGCCACGCCAGCGGCCAGCGCAAGACCGACUCCACCUCCUCCGCCAUGGACUACCUGCCGUCGCCCGAGCCGUGCAGGAGCGACUCCCCACCGGGCUGGGACGAAGACACUUCAUCCGAGGUCUUCCUGCCCACCGACAGCGACUACGACUCAAGCGACGCCCUGAGCCCCCGGGAGGCGGAGCCGCUUUCUUCGCAGGCCCUGCGCUCGCUGGGGGGCAGCGCCCCUGACGUGCUGCACAUCCUGGAGCUCAGGUGCAGCGCCUUGGCCGUGAACGAGCUACCCCCGUCGCUAGGCCCAGACGAGUCCAAAGAUGCGGCGGCUGUGGCGGCCUUCCUCCCACGCUCGCCCUCGCAGUGCAAAGACUUGGCAGCUUUUUCCCGGGCUUCGCCCCACUCCCUGCCCCUCGCCCGGCUCCCCCGCACGUCGCCGUCCCCCCCGGUGUCCAGGAGCCAGCGGGAGGGCAGCAUCCCCAACCCCCCCUCCAAGCGCAAGCUGCUCUCCAGGAGCCACCGGGGCCAGUAUUUCAGCGGGCCCCAGCGCUGGCUGAGGGGACACAGCCAGGAAACGGGCUCGUUAUCUGAGGGCGUCUACACCAAGCAGCGCGAGCCGGACCUCCCGCCGCCGCCGUCGCAGGGCGCCACCUACGUGAGCCACAUGGACUGUGACCUGGCGAGCCGCAAGGGGCGCCCUCGAGAGCAGAGACCCCACGUGCGCAGGAUCUUCACAGAUGAGGGCGUGGCAAGGUCGGAAGGGGCGGCCGGACAAGACGCCGACUCGGACGAGCAGACCAACGCCCAAGUGUUGGAAAUUCUCAGCAGCACGCUCUAGCCCCCCCAAAGCGCCGCUCCAAAAGGUACGUUACGUUUGGAAUCAUUCCGCAACGAGCGUCGUGAGUGAGCCACUCCCGCGUUCUCCCAAAGCCAUAAGCUCACUCGGUUGCCUCGGUGGGGGGGGGGCUUGUCCGUCCGUCUGUCGUAGGAAACCAAAGUUGACUUGGCCAAGCCUCCCGGCGUCGACUGUUAAACAAUCAUCAAUGCAAGCGGGGAAUUGCAAUUUAAGAUGCUUCAAAUGGGAAAGUUUACAUGGGAACCAACUGGGGAAGAAAUUUGAAGGAAGCCUUUCACAUUUAAGCUCGUAAGCACAUUUUUUCCAAGGCACAUUUUUCAGCCCUGCCCUGCUCUGCUCUCGACCGCCCUCGCACUAAAAAUCUUUCUUGGUACCUCUAAAUGUGUGCUGCUCGUCUCAGGCUGGCGCCGUUUGUGUCUGUUGUGCCCGGGGCCCGUUUGUGCCGUCGGUCAGCGCUUCUUUUGGCUUUGUGAUUUGUGGAGCACCGCUUGUUCACCUGGCGUACGCUCACGUUGUCCUCAUCUUUUUUCCACGUGUGCAUAUUCUUGAAUAAAAGUUGAAGAAACAAA